AUGUCCGACGUGAAGCGACCAGGGAUGCACCGGAGAGACGGUCAGGAUCUGAAUGGCUUCGAGGCGGGUGAGUGCAGUGAUGCUGAUGCGGGUACUAGUAGCAUCUGCCCAAUCCAGAGGCGAUCGACCAAAACGCGCAGGGUUGAGCACGAGGAAAAACGGUCAACUGGCAGCCUCUCCACUGGCACCGAAACAAAUAUCCGGGGUGGAGUGGCGCGCUUGAAGUAA